ACUAUCACUUCCGGGCCUCUCUCACACCUGCACCAGUCUCUCCACAGGCUUGGGAGUUGUACCCACGAAUGUAUGGAGAUGGAAGAAAAUAGACACAAAUGGAAGGGAUCAGUGACCUUUAGAGAUGUGGCUGUGACCUUCACCCUGGAGGAGUGGGAGCACCUGGACCCUUCCCAGAAGGCUCUCUACCGGGAGGUCAUGCUGGAAAACUACAGAAACAUGGUCUGCCUGGGACUUGCUGUCUCCCAGCCCAGUAUGAUGGACCAGUUGGAGCGAGGGGAAGCCCCUUGGACUCCAGAGAGAGAAGAUGGGGAGACUAGGCCCAAAACAAGAGAGUCAGCUCUAAAGCCGGGCGUUUCCAUGGAAACAUUUCUCAAGAGGCUCCCAAGGAUUCACACUGGCCAGAAACCUUAUGAAUGCAAUGAAUGUGGGAAGGCCUUCUGCUGGAUGGGUGAGCUUAUUCGACAUCAGAGGAGCCAUGCUGCUCAGAAACCUUAUGAAUGUAAUAAAUGUGGGAAGAACUUCCAUUGGAUGGGUGAGCUUAUUCGACAUCAGAGGAGCCAUGUUGCUCAGAAACCUUAUGAAUGUAAUAAAUGUGGGAAGAACUUCCAUUGGAUGGGUGAGCUUAUUCGACAUCAGAGGAGUCAUAUUGGAGAGAAGCCUUAUAAAUGUAAUGAAUGUGGGAAGGCUUUCUUCUGGAUGGGAGAGCUUAUUCGACAUCAGAAAACUCAUACUGGAGAGAAACUUUAUGAAUGUAAUGAAUAUGGGAAAGAACUUACUCACUACCAGAGAGUUCAUACAGGAGAAAAACCCUGUGAAAGCAUUGAAUGUGGGAAAUUCUUCCCACGGAGAUCAGACCAUAUUCAACAUCAAAGAAUUCAUACUGGAGAGAAAGCCAAUGAAUGUAAUGAAUGUGGGAAGGCCUUCCGCCUGAGAAAAUACCUUACCCAACAUCAGACAAUUCAAACUAGAGAAAAAUCUUAUGAAUGUGAUGAGUGUGGGAAGGCCUUCUGUCUAAUUUAUCAUCAGAGAAUUGAUGCUGGAGAGAAACCUUAUGAAUGUAAAGAAUGUGGGAAACAUUUCUCUUGUAGGUUAGACUGUAUUAAACAUCAGAGAAUUCAUGCUGGAGAAAAGCCUUAUGAAUGCAGUCAAUGUGGGAAGGCCUUCACCCUGAGAGGACAGCUUACUCAACAUCAGAGAAUUCAUGCUGAAGAGAAACCUUAUGAAUGUAAUGCAUAUGGGAGAACUUUCUGCCAGAAUGGAGAGCUUACUCGACAUCAGAGAAUUCAUCCUGGAGGGAACCCUUAUGAAUGUAGGGAUUGACAGUCUUAGGACCUCAUCAGCUUCCUGGCUUUAAUGAUCAUCUCUGUGAUUCCCAGAUCUGUAUUCCUGGCCAUAGCUGCCAAUAUCACCCAAUGGACAUCCCAUCAGCAUGUCCAAAGCAGAGCUUGUUGUCCUUUUUUUCCAAGGCUAUCCUAACUGCCCUCUUUCUGUGGAGGGCAUCACUGUCCUUGAAGUCCUCCUUGAAUCCUCAGUUGCCCUUCUCCCACAUAUGCAAAAUGAGUUACCAGGUCUCAUUGUAAUGCCACAGCCCCUCACGUGGAUGUCCCCUUCUCUCUCCUCACACAGCCACUAUCCAUUUCCUGCCCUUAUUUCCUCUCACCAGAUCACUGCCGUUGACUCUAGACAAUCCUCCACAUAGCUGCCAAAGGGA